ACGUAAUCUCAGGCACCUUAUCACAUGAACGGACACCCAGCAAUGGGCCCCUUGAAGUUACCCAAAGUGGAUCAGAAGUCGUUAUUAUUCACUUGUCUUUUGAAAGAUUACGAUAUGGGCUUUGAAUUGCUGAAGCAUGUCUUCCUUCAUCAUAGCUCAGCUUGGCAACUAGCUGCGACAUGUCAAGAGGCAUGGGAUGCUGUUUGUGAGAAAGUGGACAUUUGGGACCUGACAAAUGGACACUUCAACAACUGUGAUAAGGAGGUGAGCAAGGAAAAUACUAACCCUCUCCAGGCUGGUUCAGUGUCCGCACACUUGGUUAUCACACCUAUGCGAAGACCGGAAGGACCAGCUAGCUAUGUUGAGCAAGUCCGAAAUCUUCGCCUACUGAAAUUGUCGGUCCUCAAUUUUGGUCACUCAUUGAGGAAUAUCUACUUCCAUCGAGUCCCAUUCAUCAGCAUCAAUAAUCUUUCUCUCUUGAUCCCUCAGAUGGCAAAGUUGGAAAUUCUUGGUAUCUACAACUGUCGAUUGAUGCACCUUGCAACAGGUCUGAAGCUUCUUGAACUUUUGAAGGUCGACCGGCUCAAGGGAAAGGAGAACUCUGUUGCCCUGGACUGGUAUCCCAAUUAUCAUCUCGGUCCCGAGACAGGAGCCGUUGGCACUUAUGGGGUCUGCUGGGAUAAUCUCAACCUUGAUACUUGCGUAGGUAUUUGGUCAAUUGUCAAGCGCCUUGUCACCAAUGCCCGUGAGCAAGGUAUCGACCUUGAGAGCCCGCAUACGAUGUUCCGCAAAUGGCUCGAGAAGACUCCAUGCUGGAAAGUUGGGGCAACUCUGAACUCCUUCUUUUAUCCUGGUGCCAGCCAUCUGGAGAUCGCUGCGAUGGUCCAGUAUCGAUUUUCUCAUGGAAAUCCCAAGUGGUUUGCUAGCAGUAUGAAGUACAAAUGGGACUUGGCCGAGCUGUCUCGCGACUUUUGGUGCCGUACGUGUAAAUCAGUCCAGAUGGGCAUCUUCUUUCCCGGGUGGCGUGGGGUCGAAUUGUCGAGCGACAGACAGCAACAACGAUCGCUCCCUGCAUGUUACGGCUGUCGACUAACAUUCCUGCUUCGCCGAGAUACCGAUCAUUACAAAGUCGAGAAGCGCAGAAUUAUCAAGACUUGGCUCAUGAUUGAUGAUAAGACCUGGAAUACUGACAACCUUCGCAAAUCCAUUGAGGAUUAUGAACUACUCGGCAUUGAGGAAUUAGCUGCCAAUCUUGACGAGAAGCGAAAGAAACACAUGACCCUCAGCCCAAAGAAUCCGGAUCCUUAUGAUAGGGAGACUCAGGAGCGCCAGGUCCCUUACACCGACCACGAAUGCAGUGGCAAGCAAGGUGGUCGUUGGAGAUCUCCAGACGUCAACGAAUGGAAGAAUGAGGAAUUUGCAUACAUCAACAACCCGAAGGAAUGGAGCAUGUGUUUCAGCAGAUUCCAUGAGAAGUACGAAGGCCAUGGCACAUUUUGGUGAGGCGGUCGUUGUUUGUCCUGAUCUUAUAGAUUGGUUGACUCCUUCAAACCGUUUCUCGAUCUUCUCACGUCCUCACCGUCGACUAGUUCGAAUGUCUUGCCUCGACCGACCCUUCCCUACUACCACAAAGUUUGUUCUGGGCUUAUUAUCUGCAUUUAUUUGGCAUCAAGCUCACCCUCCCCUCUCUAUCAUCCGCCAGCAAAAAAUUCCCAACUCUUUAUUCACGUCCUUCAAAAGCAUGAGCAUUCAACUUUCACGUUAACGUCAUCAAACAUACAUAUCACUCAGCUUCUCUUUUUUUUCAUACUUCUCUGCAUGGUCAUACAAAAAGCAUGGUUCUACAGUGGAUCUAUCAACUCCGGAAAAUUCUUCAGAUAGCUGAGAGAUACA